CGAGUAUCCCACGUUCAUCAUAUAUGGUACAUCUUGUUUCGCACAACCUUCGUUAGCUUGAAAACUACACUAUGCUACUGUGGUGAGUGGAGCGAGUCAGGGGUAACUCGAAACCGACGCUUUGGAGUGGCCGGUGACAAGAAGCAAGUGGUGAGCUCCAAAACAAUUCCCCAGAUUUCACAAGUCCCCAAUCCUCAAAGGUCCCUGAUCAUGCCGCCGAAACUCCAGCUGCCCCGGUCUCAACCACCCCCGAGCCGAGAAUUCUGCGGAAGGCCGACCGAAAUUGCGGCUACGGGCCGGCAUGAAAGUGGGACCGGCCACCAUUACCGCCUGUCGAUAGCCAGAGACGCUCGGGCCAUGUCGAUCGCUUGAAACAGUCGAGAUGAACCGUGCACUGCCAGCCAGUCAAAUUACCUCAUGAUGGAACCAAAAGCUGCCGCCAACUUGAACGGCGCAAGCUGGCAAAGUCAGUUCGGUGGAAACAGACAGAUGCGGAAAUGGCGUUUCGCCGUCCGUUGGCGCUUGAGAAUUGUCGGGAAUCUUUGUUCUAUUAUGCUCGAUAGACAGAGCUUGUGGAGAAUGGGUAUGAGGCUAUCGAUAUCACAGCAAUCCAGAUUGUUCUCUGAAGAUCCCCCGAGAUUAACGGUGAGGUGUAUCGGGAGUUGCUUGGCCUCAUUUGCUUUGCUCCGGCUUGGUGUGCAUCGAAACAGAAAACUCCUGCCGGGGUUUUGCCAGCGACAAAUUUCCCACGGCAAGGUCGCCGGAAAAUCGAAGAUUGAGAAACCGCUGGCCUCCUUGUUGGCCCAGAACUGCCCUUGACAUCCACUGUUGCUCAGGGAAGGCCUUGUUGGCAACCUCUUGGCUGUCCACGGCGACCACAGAGCGCGCCAACACAGACGCACGCGACGUGGAAGAUGGGACCACCACGUCAGGCUUGCUUCAUGCGUGAGGCAGUGAGCGGUGGGGGGGAAAACAGGGAAAUCACUCAUCUAAACUGGAAGAGCAGGUGGAAGCUGCCAUUGGGAAACGGAGCUGUUGAUUUCCUGCCUGAAUUGGGAAUUUUGGGAUGAGCUUGCCCGCCCAUCUGUCAUUGGCGCCCGGUUCCUGGCUUGCUGCUGUCUGCCAGGAACACCGCACAACCAGACGCAGGUACCGUGCCGCGCAGGGAAGCAAUGCCCAACGCUAAAAUUAAGGAGAUGGUCUCAAAUGGUUGCUUGGCUGCCAAUUGGCAGGGUCGACUAUGUACCCUGGCCGCAAGAGUCUGCGGCAGCGAUACCUUCCCGCUAUCGUCAAGAGGCCCGUCCACCCCCAGCACCCCCCCAGAGUGCCCAGAUCCUCGCGCUCGUUUUUAACCGCCCCGUCGCCCUCAUUUCUCCUCUGCUCACUUUUUGCUUCUGUUUGGCCACCCAUCGCCUCUUCACCUGAAGAAAUUGUCAUUCCUUUCCAGAGUCCUGUACUCGAUCCAUUCGUUUUUGCAACAUCGGCUACGAACGACAUAUUUUUGUCCGCCAAUUUAAUUACCGCCCUCCUCGAUCCUCGAUUUGAACGCGCUACCUAAUACCUCAAAACACCAAAUCAAUCCAUCACAAUGCUCGCUAAAUCCAUCACCGCUCUGGCGGCUCUCGCCUUCGCCGUCAACGUCGCUGCCGAGCAACCCUACAAGCCUCAGCUCGUGAAGAUGUCGACCCGCUCCCUGUUUUCCAUCGGUCGCCGUCAAGAUACCCCCGGGUACCAGCCAGAGCAGGCCGUGUGUGGAGAGGGAAACACUUGCGAGGAGGCUUGCGGUGCCGGCUACACAACUUGCGCUUCCACCGACAACCAGGUGCACUGCUUCAACGCUCAAGCGGCUCAGACGUGCUGCCCCGAUCAGUCUGGCAACUCCUGCGACGCUGGCUACUACUGCACAGCCGACAAGGCCGGUGAGACGUGGUGCUGCCCCAACUCUAUGGACCUUGAGGCCUGCGCUGCUGCAUUCGAGGUGACUGGUGGUCUCGUCUCUCAGACCCCUCCUGCCACUUCGACCUCUACCACCAGCACCGAGGUCAUUUCCACCGCUCCUCCCACAACUACCAGUACCAGCGCCAGCAGCUCGAUCGUCUUUGGUGGUAAGAACUCUACUUCGGCUGCCAUCACCAUCACCAGCUCUGGUCUUGCCUCGGCUUCCGCCUCUGCUACCGGUGGCGCGUCUAACAGCACCGUCUCCCUUGGCACCUCUCCCUCGCCCUCCGCACCUGCUCCUUCCGUCUCCAACAUCGCUGAGGGUGCCGCUGGUACCUUCGCCGCUCCCGUCAGCGCCCUGCUCCUCAUUGCCGGUGUUGUCGCUCUUCUCUAAACUCCUAACGGCACCAAAUCCUCGGAGGUUUGACAUGAACACCACAGGACAAUGGAUUUCCGAGGGCACACUGCUUUUACGAGACAUGAGACACGACCUGAUAGCCCGCACACCUAAGCCUUAAUCACCUUUGUUUGUGCAGAGUUGGAAUGUUGCGUGUUUCCGGGCGACAAAUGGAUUUGGUUGGUUUUUUUCUGCCAAAGGAUAUUGGGCAAAGGAGCACGUUAUUUUUCCAGGGAUGCUUUAGAACCCAUUUUACGACGCAGCGUGCUUGUUUUUUUUGUUUUUUUUGGCCAUCAUGCCCUGUGGGUGUGGGAACUUCCGGAAGUCAAGGGACAGGACUGGAUGCGAGGGGGGAAGCCAGCUGGGUUUCUUGUUUUAUACUCUUCAACUUGAUACACUGCCGAGACUGUUCUUGGACGGAUUGUCUCGGGCAUUUUGUGAUUUUUUUUUGUUACGGAAUAUGUUGUAAGAGAGAAUGGAAGAGAGGGAUUGUAGAACUCUUCUUGUCCUAUAAUUACGCUGGAGACAGUAACAUACCAACUUUGCACAGAUUUUUGGUCCUGCUUCUUGUGACAUGUUCUUUUGUUGAAUCGUUGGAUGC